AUGGCUACCAAAAAGGAGGUUUCAAAAUCGGCUGUGGAUGUUGUGUUCACCCCUGUGUCGGAUGAGGAACACAAUAAUAUACCGGUUGUCUCGGACAAAGAGUCGACAAGCCAGUCCGAUGAUGACAAGAAAUCGCCGCCGCCAUUGGCGGCGAAGCUGUUUGCAGUACUGUUGAUUUCUUGUAUCAGCUUUGGUUCCCAUUGGAGUUCUGGUGUCACGGGAGCAAUGAAGAGCACGAUCAAGAAGCAGAUGCAUAUUAAUAACGUGCAAUUCUCGCUCUUGGAAGCGAGUGAGGAUUUCAUGGCGACGGUUUUGCUGAUUCCGAGCGGGUUGGUCACCGAUAGGGUCGGUGGUGCUGAAAUGAUCGUGUACGGAAAUAUCGUGUAUACGAUCGGGUCGAUCCUUGUUGCUGCUGCCACGACUGUGCGCUCCUUUAAUUUCAUGAUUGGGGGUAGAGUGAUUUUGGCACUUGGAGAUAUCGCCACGCAGAUCGCGCAGUAUAAGAUGUUUUCUUCGUGGUUCGCUCCUAGCAAUGGGUUUGCGUCGACACUUGGAUUUGAAUUGGCCAUUGGAAAGAUUGGGGGAUUCGUCGGUAAAUCCACAGCAAACGUGAUUGCAAAGAAUACUGGCAACUUUGCCUGGGUCUUUUGGACUGCCGUAUUCAUGAAUCUCUUCACCAAUGCCGCCACGGCUAUGUUCUGGUUCUUCAGCCGUUACUGCAACCGGCAUUAUAAUGGACGUCACGAUAGUGCGACCAACGAGCAAUUGACAGAGCGGAACAAGAAGUUCGAGCUCCAGAAGGUGUUCCAGCUACCGUGGAUGUUCUGGGCAGUACUCGCCUUCUCCUUGUUCCAGACGAGCACGGCUUCGACUUUUAGCCAGAAUGUGACGGAGUUGGCGGAACAGCGGUUUGAUGUCGACUCGAUUAAGGCGGGUUGGUAUAGUUCAUUGUCACAAUAUGCAGGCUUCUUCCUCGUUCCUUGCUUGGGUGUCUUCAUUGAUAUUCUCGGGCACCGUGCUUCUGUCUUGUUUACCUGUGGUUUGGGCAUGCUAUUGAGUAUGGUCCUUCUCAAUUUCACACCGUCCACCGCAGGCACGGGAGCAUCCUUUGGCAUCUACGCGAUCGCCAUGUCCAUGGGCCCGACAUCCAUCAUCGACAGUAUCCGCACCACUCUGUGGCACCAAUCCGUCUUUGGUUCCGCCUACUCGCUCAAGGUCACCAUGAACAAUGCCAUGAGCAUUAUCAUCCGGAUCAUCACCGGUGCUUUGCAGGAUUCAGAUGACAACUCGUAUCGUCGUGUGGUCCAGGUCUACCUCUUCCUCGCCGCGUGUUCCCUCGUGGUCGGCUCCGCGAUUCUGCUAGGCUCGUUUGUGACGGACAAUCUGGGCUUGUUGCAGUGGACACGCCAAAAACGCCUAUCAUCGGGUGCUGAGAUCAUUCAGGGCCUUAAGGAGCGUAGUCUCGUGGCGCAUGCUCAGCGCACGAGGCGCUUGUCUAUCGGAUUGGAGAGCAUCACCUUUGCAUUCCCCGUAGCCGCGGUACCUGUCCCGAUGUAUCGGUUACUCGCCAAGCCCAGUCAUUAG